GAAGCAAAGCUGAAGACGGCAGACGGACUCAGAGAGAGGAAGACGGGCUGGAAAACAGACUGAUAGGUAGCCGCCCUGCCGGGAGUCAGGUGUUUAUUGGGAUUAUAGUGGAAUAAACCAAAGAAGAAAGCGGUUGCUAGACAGUAGAGGAGCCUGGGUAGUACUACAAAAUGUCAAUAUGGCACCUCUGCUGCCCCCAGUUGGUGCGGAGGUGUUUCGACGCUUCACACCAGCCUCAUUGGAAGAAAUUCAACGGAGGCAUGAAAUUGAAGAGAAGGAGAAGCAACACAGAAAGGAGCAGAACAUUGAGAUAGCAGAGGAGGAUCUUCCUAAACCAGCAAGCGAUCUGGAGGCUGGGAAGCCCCUCCCUUUUAUUUAUGGCGAGCCGCCCCCUGAGUUUCUCAAUACCCCAUUGGAGGAACUGGAUCCUUUCUAUCAAUCACAGAAGACCUUCAUCGUUCUCAGUAAAGGAAACAUCAUCUACAGGUUCAAUGCUGAGCCAGCAUGUUACCUGCUGAGUCCCUUUAGCAAUCUGAGGAUCUUUGCCAUCAGGAUUCUCAUUCAUUCUUUAUUCAGUUUGUUCAUCAUGGUGACAAUCCUGACCAACUGUGUGUUCAUGACGAUGAGUGAUCCUCCAUCGUGGAGCAAGACGGUUGAAUACGUGUUCACAGGCAUCUACACAUUUGAGGCAACCAUCAAAGUUUUAUCCAGAGGAUUCUGUAUGGGAGACUUCACCUUCCUGAGAGACCCCUGGAACUGGCUGGACUUCAUGGUCAUCAGCAUGGCCUACCUGACAGAGUUUGUUGACCUAGGAAAUGUUUCUGCACUGAGGACAUUCAGAGUUCUCAGGGCCCUGAAAACCAUCACAGUAAUUCCUGGGUUGAAGACAAUUGUCGGAGCUCUCAUUCAGUCCGUGAAGAAACUGCGAGACGCCAUGAUUCUGACAGUGUUUUGUCUCAGUGUCUUUGCUCUGAUUGGUCUUCAGCUUUUCAUGGGAAAUCUUAGACAAAAAUGUGUUCUGAUCCCAUCAAUGUUACGCGAUAACCAAACAUCAGAGGAAUCCUUUAACAUCAGUCUCUACGGAAACAGCAGUGGCGAUUUUGAUUUCUACAAUCACAUCAACAACCCAGAGAAUUAUUACUACCUGCCUGGUGCACUUGACGCUUUGCUGUGUGGAAACAGCUCUGAUGCAGGGACCUGUCCAGAUGGCUACAUGUGUCUGAAAGCAGGGAGAAACCCAAACUAUGGUUAUACCAGCUAUGACAGUUUCAGCUGGGCAUUUCUGGCUCUGUUCAGGCUCAUGACUCAGGACUUCUGGGAAAACCUUUUUCACCUGACACUGAGAGCAGCAGGUAAAACCUACAUGAUCUUCUUCGUGGUCAUCAUCUUCCUCGGUUCCUUCUACCUCAUUAAUCUCAUCCUGGCGGUGGUUGCCAUGGCAUACGCUGAGCAGAACGAGGCUAACAUUGCAGAAGCCAAACAAAAAGAAGAGGAGUAUGCCCAGAUCCUUGAGGCUUUGAAGAAGAGAGAAGAGGAGCAUGCAGCCCAAAGGGCAGCUCUCUUGGAGAAACAAGACUCUGCAUCACAGAGCAAUGAGCAUGAACAUACUACGAUGGAUGACUUUGAGGAUGACCAGAGGCCGUGUCCUCCAUGCUGGUAUGUGUUUGCUGAUAUCUUCCUGAAGUGGAACUGUUGUGGCUGUUGGAGAUGGCUGAAAAAACUUCUCUAUACUAUUGUCAUGGAUCCAUUUGUGGACCUCGCCAUCACCAUCUGCAUUGUACUCAACACCGUCUUCAUGGCUAUGGAGCAUUAUCCAAUGACUGACGAGUUUGAGGAUCUUCUCAAGAUUGGAAAUCUGGUCUUUACAGGCAUCUUUACAGCUGAGAUGGUCCUCAAACUUCUGGCGAUGGAUCCCUAUUAUUACUUCCAGGUCGGCUGGAACAUCUUUGACAGCAUCAUUGUCACGAUGAGUCUGGUGGAGCUGGGACUGGCUGAUGUUCAGGGUCUGUCUGUGCUGCGGUCCUUCAGAUUGAUGAGGGUCUUUAAGCUGGCCAAGUCAUGGCCAACUCUUAACAUGUUGAUCAAGAUCAUUGGAGACUCUGUGGGAGCGCUGGGAAACCUGACACUGGUUCUCGCAAUCAUUGUCUUCAUCUUCGCUGUUGUUGGGAUGCAGCUCUUUGGGAAGAACUACAAAGAUUGCGUCUGUCGUAUUUCAGAGGACUGUGAGCUUCCUCGCUGGCACAUGAACGACUUCUUUCAUUCGUUCCUCAUCAUCUUCAGGGUUCUGUGCGGUGAAUGGAUUGAGACAAUGUGGGAAUGUAUGGAGGUUGCAGGCCAGUCUAUGUGUCUAAUAGUCUUCAUGAUGGUGCUGGUGAUUGGAAACCUGGUGGUCCUAAAUCUCUUCCUGGCCUUGUUGCUGAGCUCAUUCAGUGGAGGAAGCCUUUCAGCUUCGGAUGAUGAAGGAGAAAACAAUCUCCAGAUUGCCAUUAACCGGAUUAGCCGAGGUAUAGCCUGGAUCAAGGCCUGGGUUCUGAAGCAUAUCUGGACUCUGGUUGGAAAAAAGAAAAACGUGAACUUAGACCCAACUGCUAUAACCCCUGAGGAAAGCGACAAAUCAAAGGAGGUUUUUGAUCUGACAAUCAUGACUUCAGAACAGCUGAUGUUACAAGUUCAACCCUCCAGGGACGACGCGUCCAACCUAAGCAGCUACCAUUAUCACAUAGCAUCCUUGAAGGUCCCUAUUGCCGAGGCUGAGUCGGACUUUGAGAUGCAUGAAAAUGAAGAUGAUGAUGAAGACGACGAUGAAGAUUAUGAUGAAGAUGAUGAUAUGGAAGAACAGCUCCUACAAGAUGAAGAGACUUCGGUCUGCAGCACUGUACAGAGAGCUCCUGAAGUCCUAAAGGUAGAGGAGGAAGAGGAAACUCCUGAAGACUGCUGCACAGAAAAGUGUUAUGCUCGCUGUCCAUUCCUGGAUAUAGACACGUCCGAAAACAGAGGAAAGUCUUGGUUUAAUUUAAGGAAAACCUGCUUCAACAUUGUAGAACACAACUACUUUGAGACGUUCAUCAUCUUCAUGAUUCUGCUGAGCAGUGGCGCUCUGGCAUUUGAGGACAUCUACAUUGAGCAGCGCCGCAUCAUCAAGAUCAUUCUGGAAUACGCAGAUCAGGUUUUUACUUACGUGUUUGUGGUGGAGAUGAUCCUUAAAUGGGUUGCCUAUGGAUUCAAGACCUACUUCACCAAUGCCUGGUGCUGGCUUGACUUCCUCAUUGUUGAUGUGUCUCUAGUGUCACUGACAGCAAACAUUCUGGGAUACUCUGAGCUAGGAGCUAUCAAGUCCCUGAGGACUCUGAGAGCACUGAGGCCCCUCAGGGCUCUGUCUCGUUUUGAGGGCAUGAGAGUGGUGGUUAAUGCAUUGGUUGGUGCCAUCCCCUCAAUAUUCAACGUGCUGCUGGUCUGUUUGAUCUUCUGGCUGAUCUUUAGCAUAAUGGGCGUGAACCUGUUUGCAGGGAAGUUUUCUUACUGUUUCAACCAAACAUCAGAGGAACUUUUCUCCCCUGAAGAAGUCAAUAAUAAGACAGAGUGUCUUGCUCUGAUUCAGCAAAACUUUACAGAGGUCCGCUGGAAGAACACCAAGAUCAACUUUGACAAUGUAGGGAUGGGCUACCUAUCGCUUCUCCAAGUGGCAACUUUUAAAGGUUGGAUGCCCAUCAUGUAUGCAGCAGUGGAUUCUAGACAGGUGGACUCCCAGCCAAAAUAUGAGGACAACCUGUACAUGUAUGUGUACUUUGUGUGCUUCAUCAUCUUUGGCUCCUUCUUCACCCUUAACCUCUUCAUUGGAGUCAUCAUUGACAAUUUCAACCAACAAAAAGCAAAGCUUGGAGGGACAGAUAUAUUUAUGACAGAAGAACAGAAAAAAUACUACAAUGCCAUGAAGAAACUGGGCUCCAAGAAGCCUCAGAAACCUAUUCCUCGACCCACAAACAAGUUUCAGGGUCUGAUCUUUGACUUUGUGACCAAACAGUUUUUCGAUAUCCUUAUCAUGGUCUUGAUCUGCCUCAACAUGGUGACGAUGAUGGUGGAAACAGAUGAGCAGAGUCCUGAGAAGGAAGCCAUCCUGUACUGGGUCAAUCUCAUCUUCAUCAUCAUCUUUAGCACAGAGUGCUGCCUCAAGAUGAUUGCUCUGCGGAAGCACUACUUUAAUGUCGGCUGGAACAUAUUCGAUUUUGUAGUGGUUAUAUUGUCUGUUGCAGGUCUCCUUCUUGCGGAUAUCAUUGAGAAGUACUUUGUUUCUCCCACUCUCUUCCGUGUGAUCCGAUUGGCUCGCAUUGGCCGAAUCCUUCGUCUCAUUCGUGGAGCUAAGGGAAUUCGAACCCUGUUGUUUGCUUUAAUGAUGUCACUUCCUGCCCUUUUCAACAUUGGCCUCCUCCUUUUCCUUAUUAUGUUCAUCUUCUCCAUCUUUGGGAUGUCUAAUUUUGCCUAUGUGAAGAAGGAGGGCAUGAUUGAUGAUAUUUUUAAUUUUGAGAGCUUUGGAAACAGUAUGAUUUGUCUGUUUAUGAUCACUACAUCAGCUGGAUGGGACGGUCUGCUAGACCCCAUCAUGAACACACCUCCAGACUGUGAUCCGGACUUUGAAAACCCAGGUUCAUCUGUCAAAGGAAACUGCGGCAGCCCAGGAGUGGGCAUGGUUUUCUUCACCUCAUAUAUCAUCAUGUCCUUUCUGGUGGUAGUCAAUAUGUACAUCGCCAUUAUCCUGGAGAACUUUAAUGUUGCUACAGAGGAAAGCUCAGACCCACUAUCUGAAGAUGAUUUUGAUAUGUUCUAUGAAACCUGGGAGAAGUUUGACCCUCGAGCUUCACAAUUCAUUCACUACAGUGAGCUGUCAGACUUCUGCGAUACUUUGCAGGAUCCUAUGAGAAUUCCCAAACCCAACACCAUCAAACUGAUACAAAUGGAUUUGCCUUUGGUUCCCGGAGACAAGAUCCACUGCAUGGACAUCCUGCUAGCACUGACUGGAGAGGUUUUGGGGGAGUCUGACGCAAUGGACGGUCUGAAAGCAACCAUAGAGGAGAAGUUCAUGGCCAACAACCCCUCAAAGAAAUUGUACGAGCCAAUUUGUACAACGUUGCGGAAAAAACAGGAGGAGUUGGCAGCGGCAGUGAUCCAGAGAGCCUACAGGAGGCACCUUCUUCGGCGAGUGCUUAAACUGGCAUCCUACAAGUACAGAGAGCGGACAGAAGGACUGCGAGGCGAUCCUUCCCCACCAGAGACAGGAGGAUUUCUCUGUGAGCGAAUGGACCAGCUGUAUGGAAAAAGUGAGACACUUUCAGCUGCUUCAGAUGAGGACCAGAGCAUCCAGGUAGAGCCAGAAAGGGACGUUAUCCUCCACUCUGCACCUCUACACAGCGACAGCAACUUUCUACGGGAUGAGAGCCUGACCGAGUCGAUGAUGCAACCUGUCAAAGAAGUAGCAGACUUCCUCAGUUAGCUUCAGCUAAAGAUGGAGGUUUCCAUCACAGAGAUGUGUGCAGACCCUAACCCAAUCCUUUCUUCUCCUGAACCCAGAUAACGUUUCUCUCUGUUCAAAGCUUUGUUGAGACUUUCAGUUUGACAGAAGAACCACAAGGAAAUCACUCUGGGUUCUUAUU